ACUACCCUUCUUUCUCUUUGCUUUUGCCAACCAAAAGGAUCAUCAAGUCGAGAGUUCCAGCACCACGCCGCCCCUCCACAAACGUGCGUACAACUGGUAUCCCCGCCGCGGGAGAAGAAGCUUCCAUCCAUCCACCCCACGCGGACCGGCCGGAUUGUCGCCGGUAACACGCGCGCGGCGGGGAUGGGGUGGCCGCCGGCUGCGGCGUCGCGAAUCGCGGCGGCAGCGGCGAUUCUGUGCCUGCUCCUCGCGUCGGCCUGGGCGGCCUCGGCGGCGGCGGCGGAGCACGGGCAGCAGCGGGCGCUGGUGGCCGUGCAGCCGCAGCCGACGACCCAGGGCGGCCUCGGCCCGCGCCGCCACCACCGCCACGCGUACGCGGCGAUGAUGUACAUGGGCACGCCGCGGGACUACGAGUUCUACGUCGCCGUGCGCGUCAUGAUGCGCUCCCUCGCCAGCCUCGGCGCCGACGCCGACCGCGUCCUCAUCGCCUCCGCCGACGUGCCGCGCGACUGGGUACGCGCAAUGAGGGAGGAGGACGGCAUGAGGGUUGUCAUAGUCGAGAACCUGAGGAACCCCUACGAGGGCAACCUCGGAGGCAUGAACAGGAGGUUCAAGCUCACGCUGAACAAGCUCUACGCGUGGAGCCUGGUCGACUACGAGCGCGUCGUCAUGAUCGACUCCGACAACAUCUUCCUCCACAACACCGAUGAGCUCUUUCAGUGCGGCCAGUUCUGCGCCGUUUUCAUCAAUCCGUGCUACUUCCACACGGGUCUUUUCGUGCUCCAGCCUUCUAUGGAUGUAUUCAAGAGCAUGCUUCAUGACCUGGAAAUCGGCCGUGAUAACUCUGAUGGUGCAGACCAAGGCUUCCUGGUCGGCUGCUACCCAGACUUGCUUGACAAACCAUUGUUCCACCCUCCUGAGAAUGGCACCAAACUCAACGGGACAUAUCGCCUUCCUCUCGGCUAUCAGAUGGACGCAUCAUACUACUAUCUCAAGCUUCACUGGCAUGUUCCAUGCGGGCCAAACAGCGUGAUCACAUUCCCUAGUGCCCCUUGGUUCAAACCUUGGUACUGGUGGUCCUGGCCAAUCUUGCCAUUGGGCCUUUCAUGGCACAAGCAACGAUGGGAUGAUCUUGGUUAUGCUGCUGAGAUUCCGGUGGUCCUUAUAGAGCUGCUGAUGUACAUUGCGAUCAUAGCCAUCACCAGAUUAGCAAGGCCACAGAUGACAAAACUGUGCUAUAAUCGGCGACCUGAGAAACAAGGCGCCCUGGUACAGGGACUAAUCAAGCUGGCUGCGAUUGUGGCCAUGGUGGCAGCAUAUACCAUCCCAUUCUUCAUAAUCCCAUGCACGGUUCAUCCAAUUAUUGGCUGGUCCUUGUACUUGUUUGGUGUCCUCGCCUUCUCAUCGGCUGUGAUCAAUGCAUUCCUGCUGCCGCCGCUUGCGGUGCUGACUGCCUGGCUCGGGAUGGUUGGGAUGCUCUUUGUUAUGGCAUACCCAUGGUACCAUGAUGGCAUCGCGAGGAUUCUGGUAGUCGUCGCAUACGCGUUCUGCUCUGCACCAUUCUUGUGGGCAUCCCUCGUGAGGGUGAUAGACUCAUUACAAACAAUGCUCGAGAGGGAUCCAUACUUCCCCAGACUUAGUGAGCCAGCACAGGAGACUGAAUUCAGCAAGCUGUUCUGAUUCUUUUGUAUAGGUUUGAGAUGCAUCAUCAUGAUUCAUAUGGAGUUUGAGAUGCACCAUCAUCAUUCAUAUGGAUAGCUAAUCCAGAUUGGUUGGUUCUUAUUCGUUUUGAUAAUUUCGUCUUAGGCAAUGCAGUUUGUAUCAGAAGAAGUAUUAUGUAAACAUUGCUUGCAGCAAUCAUUUUUGAUGCAUAUACAGGAAAGAUAGAUCAGUUGUAGUGAACUGUAGAGGGACAUCUUUUCAUUGCAUGUAGUGGUGAAGGGACCGUUGUAAAAAUUGCCUUUCUUGCUAGCUCUGGCUGUUAUAUUCUGAUUUGAUCAAAAUUCAAAAGCCAUUUCUUGUAUCGGUUAGAACUACACACAUAACCCGUCCAGUUGAAAGCUUGUUAGUGAAUUUCUAAAUCAAAAUGAGAGGGGCCGCGGACAGCACUGAUUUGAUUACUCAGAAUAUCCAAUUUCAAGUGGAUAACAGUACAGCAACAACAUACAUUACAGAGCUAUGAAUCAGAUACACAGAUAUCUGGAAGUGGAAGAUGAUAUGUACCAACGAUACAUAUAAGACCUGACGAUGAGAUGGUACAACCGUACAAACAAUGGAAGUUAGCUGAUCGCACUAUAUAUUCAGGAUUUAACGCCAC